ACCUGAUUCUGCUGCUGCGUGAACAUAGCUAAAGUCUAUAAAAUUUAUUUCUGGUCAUUUUGAUCAGCAUGAUGUAUUAUUUGAUGCUCACACACUUCCUUUUCUCCUGGCAUGAUGUUUUUCAGAGAAACCCUUACGACCCGUCGAAGAUGGCCUGAUAUUAUGGCAAUCUCGAAGAAGGACAUCCGCUUUGAAUGACAUUGCAGACAGGCAAUGGCGCCGCGAUGGCUAUGGAUGUUAGUACCAUGGAGAGGAGGUUGGAACCCAAGUUCAAAAGCACCUGGACAAGAAGAUGAACGACAUGUUCGAGCCAACGAUCGGGACUACAAUGAGAAAUUCAUUUAUGCUGACAAUCGCAUCAAGACGGCAAAAUAUAACAUCUUCACCUUCCUGCCCAUUAACUUGUUUGAGCAGUUCCAACGUUUUGCGAACGCCUACUUUCUAGUACUGCUGAUACUGCAGUUAAUUCCAGAAAUCUCCUCUCUGUCCUGGUUUACCACCAUUGUGCCUUUGGUGUUGGUGCUGUCUAUCACAGCUGUAAAAGAUGCUACAGAUGACUACUUCCGCCAUAAAAGUGAUCAACAAGUCAACACCCGGCAGUCUCAGGUACUCAUCAAAGGAAAGCUACAGAAUGAAAAAUGGAUGAAUGUAAGAGUGGGUGAUAUUGUCAAACUUGAGAACAAUCAGUUUGUUGCUGCUGACCUUCUCCUCCUCUCUAGCAGUGAGCCCUAUGGACUGUGCUAUAUUGAGACGGCAGAGCUUGAUGGGGAGACCAACCUGAAGGUGCGCCAAGCCUUGACUGUAACCUCAGACCUCGGGGAUGAUGUUGUGAAGCUGGCAGACUUUAAUGGGGAAGUCAUUUGCGAGCCUCCCAACAAUAAACUGGACAAGUUCAUGGGGACUCUGUACUGGAGAGAUAAUAAGUACCCACUGGACAAUGAGAAAAUGCUCCUGAGAGGCUGCGUGCUCCGUAACACUGAGUGGUGCUUCGGCUUGGUUAUCUUUGCUGGACUCCAAACCAAGCUAAUGCAGAACUGUGGGAGGACCACAUUCAAAAGGACCAGCAUCGAUAAACUGAUGAACACGUUAGUGCUGUGGAUCUUUGGAUUUCUCAUCUGCAUGGGAAUCAUCUUGGCCAUUGGCAACACCAUUUGGGAGCAGAGAGUUGGCAGCAACUUCUGGGCGUAUCUUCAGUGGAAGGAACUCACGAUCAAUGCAGUCUUCUCCGGCUUCCUGACCUUCUGGUCCUAUGUUAUCAUCCUCAACACUGUUGUACCCAUCUCACUCUAUGUUAGCGUAGAAGUUUUGCGGCUGGGCCAUAGUUACUUCAUAAACUGGGACAGACGAAUGUAUUACAGUCGUAAAGACACUCCUGCAGAGGCUCGGACCACCACCCUUAAUGAGGAGCUGGGACAGGUGGAGUUUAUCUUCUCAGACAAAACCGGGACCCUCACCCAGAAUAUCAUGGUGUUCAAUAAGUGUUCCAUCAAUGGGAAGAUCUAUGGUGACGUUUAUGAUGAGUUUGGGCACAAAGUUGACAUUACAGAGAAAACACCAUGUGUGGAUUUCUCCUUCAACCCACUGAUGGACAGGAAAUUCCGUUUCCAUGACAGCAGCUUGAUCGAGGCCAUCAAACUGGAAGAGCCUUUGGUGCAGGAAUUCUUCCGUCUGUUAGCGCUCUGCCACACCGUCAUGCCAGAAGAGAGAAAUGAGGGUGAGCUGGUGUACCAAGCACAAUCUCCAGAUGAAGGAGCCCUGGUCACUGCAGCACGCAACUUUGGUUUCGUAUUUCGGUCCAGAACACCAGAAACCAUCACUUUAUAUGAGAUGAGUCAGCCGGUCACCUACCAGCUACUGGCCAUCCUAGACUUCAACAAUGUGCGCAAGAGAAUGAGCGUUAUUGUGAGGAACCCAAAAGGGCAGCUAAAGCUUUACUCAAAAGGAGCUGACACAAUAAUCUUUGACAGGCUGGACUCGUCUAAUGAAGAGCUUAUGUAUACUACCUCAGAGCACCUUAAUGAAUUUGCCGGGGAGGGUUUGAGAACAUUAGCGCUGGCGUACAAAGACCUGGAUGAGGAUGUGUUUGAUGAAUGGAUGAAGAAACUUCUCUUUGCCAGCACGGUGUUGGAUAACAGAGAAGAAAAACUCGGGGCUCUAUAUGAAGAAAUAGAGCAGGGCCUGAUGCUGCUUGGUGCUACAGCCAUAGAGGACAAACUGCAGGAGGGAGUUCCAGAGACAAUCGCUUGUUUGACUUUGGCCAACAUCAAGAUCUGGGUGCUCACCGGGGACAAGCUAGAGACCGCAAUGAACAUCGGCUACUCCUGUAACAUGCUGAGAGAUGAUAUGAAUGAGGUGUUUAUAAUCUCAGGGCACACCAUGUUCGAGGUUCAACAGGAGCUCAGGAAUGCCAAAAAGAGAAUCGUGGGACCCAGCAGAGAGAAACUCAGCAGUGCUGUCGACAUAGAAAAAACAGAUUUGUACUCAAGUGACUCUGUCUUUGAAGAGACCAUCAUCGCAGAGUAUGCAUUAAUCAUCAAUGGACACAGUUUGGCUCAUGCCCUGGAGGCUGACCUGGAGCAGACCCUUGUGGAUCUGGCGUGUCUCUGCAAGACAGUGAUCUGUUGUCGGGUCACUCCACUGCAGAAAGCACAGGUGGUGGAGCUGAUCAAGAGACACAAGAGAGCGGUCACACUUGCCAUUGGAGACGGAGCCAAUGACGUCAGUAUGAUCAAGACGGCUCACAUUGGCGUGGGCAUCAGCGGGCAGGAGGGGAUGCAGGCGGUGUUGGCCUCCGAUUACUCCUUCGCCCAGUUCCGCUACCUGCAGCGCCUCCUGCUCGUCCACGGCCGCUGGUCCUACCACCGCAUGUGCAACUUCCUCUGUUACUUCUUUUACAAGAACUUCGCCUUCACACUGGUUCAUUUCUGGUAUGGAUUCCUCUGUGGAUUCUCAGCACAGACAGUAUACGACCAAUGGUUCAUCACGCUCUUCAACAUAGUCUACACCUCGCUUCCAGUGCUGGCCAUGGGCCUGUUUGACCAGGAUGUGAACGAGCAGUACAGUUUACGCUAUCCAAACUUGUACAGACCGGGGCAGCUUAACCAGCUGUUCAACAAGAGGAAGUUCUUUACCUGCACGCUUCAGGGAGUCUGCACCUCUUUCAUCCUCUUCUUUAUCCCGUACGGAGCCUUCAUGACUGCUGUGCGUGAUGAUGGCGCCCACAUCUCUGAUCAACAAACUUUUGCCGUCACCAUAGCUACCUCUUUGGUCAUUGUUGUCAGUGGCCAGAUUGGUCUUGACACAAACUACUGGACAGCUGUGAAUCAUUUCUUCAUAUGGGGGAGUCUAGCCGUAUACUUUGCCAUACUUUUUGCAAUGCACAGCGAUGGUAUUUUUACCAUAUUCCCAAACCAGUUUCCAUUUAUAGGUACGGCACGUAACUCUCUGAAUCAGAAGCUUGUGUGGUUGGUUAUCCUCCUCAUCACUGUCGUGUGCAUAAUGCCCAUGGUGGCCGUCCGAUUCAUCAAGACUGACCUAUAUCCCACACAGACUGACAAGGUGCGUUUACUUCAGCAGGCCACUAGGAGGCAGGGUCCUCAAGAACAGAACCUCAGGCGGGUCCGCAGGACGAGUUCUCGGCGCUCGGCUUACGCUUUCGCCCACCAGCAGGGAUACGGAGAACUCAUCACCUCUGGCAAGAACAUGAAGGUCCUCACAUCCUCUACUUUCACAUACCCUGUAUCCUCUCCCACAAGAGCACCUGCCAGAUCCGGAUGGAUCGAGGGCUUGAUGAAAAACAAAGGGGACAUGGACGCUACCACCCCGGUGGUGGAGAUCACUGGAUUUAGAAGGGAAAGUGACCAAAGUCGAGAGAUAACACUGGAAGACUUGGAAGCCACAUAAAGAACCAUACAGUAAACUCAAUGAACACUCAUGGGUUUUUCUUCCUUUGCAGAAGAAAGAAGGACUUAGUGCCUGUCCCUUUGUCUUUUUAAAGGGAUAGAUCACCCAAAAUGAAAAUGCUGUCUUCAUUUACUUAUCCUCAUUUUGUUCCAAACCCAUAUGGACUUUCUUUUUUCUGCGAAACACAAAAGGAGAUUUGCAGCAAUAGCAGUUGGAAGUGACACAGAAGAUUUUUUUUAAAUAUAUAUAUAUAUAUAUAUAUAUAUAUAUAUAUAUAUGUUUGGAACAACAUGAGGGUGAGUAAAUAAUGACAGAAUUUUCAUUUUUGGGCGAACUAUCCCUUUAAUGUGGUGAUGAUAAUGAUGGAUUCUGAACAGAGAGGCUCUAGACUCUUAGAGAUGCCCUUGGGCACAACUGGACUAUGAGUGAUGAGACGAGCACAGGAGACUCCAAAGAGCCAGCACAAUGAAGCACAGAUAAUACAAAUUUUCUUCACCUAGUUUUCACUCAUGCAGAUCAUUUCCCUCCUGACAAUGCAUCCGUUCUUUUUGUGACGGUUCAUUGAAUUUGAAAAUGAACCUCGGUUUCAUUUUGAUUUCAUGUUAUCUCCUCGUAUUUUCUGGCACAGAUUCACAAGUGCAAUGUUUCCUUCAAAAGGUGACAUUUUUAUGUUUUACGUUUUAAUGACUUCCUCUUAUGAUUCAUAUGCACUGCAAAAGCAAUGCAUAAAUUUCCAUUGUACACAAAGUCAAUUGCAUUUCUUUUAGGGAUUGGAAACACUAAAUCCUAUUUAUUUUGUAGCCAUCACAAAUUAUUAGUAGUGGGCAAAGUUUAAACAUGAGUUCACAUUCUACAAUUGCACUGCAAAAAAAUUAUUUUCUCAAUCAGCAUUUCUCCUGUGAAAAAAAACGAACAAACAAACAAACAGACAAAAAAAAAAACCCCCACAGUAAUAUCCUUAAAAAAAAUACAUUUACUUGAGAAGCAGAAUUGUGUAGAAUAUUAAGUCUUAAGUAUUAAGAAUCAUGUUUUUUUCUUGUUUAACGCAUGAAUCUAACAGAAUUUGAGGUUUAUGCUUAAAACAUGAAAAAAAAAGUAACACUUUACAAUAAGGUUCUACUGGUUAACAUUAGUAAAUGCAUUAGGUAUCAUGAACUAACAAUGAACAAUCUGUUUUUACAGCAUGCAUUAAUCUAGGUUAAUAUUAAUUUAUAAAAAUAUAUAAAUGUUCAAGUUCAUAGUGCAUUAACUAAUGUUAACAUGUACUACUUUUAAUUUAAAAAAUAUAUUACUAUAUGCUGAAAUUAACAUUAGCCAAGCUUAAUAAAUGCUGUAAAAGUAUUGUUCAUGGUUUGUUCAUGUUAACUUAUGUUGUUAACUAAGGUCAUUGAAUACAACCUUAUUUUAAAGCGUUACCAAAUUUAACAAUGGAGUAUAAAAAAUAAACUUAUUCAAGAUGCAUUCCCUUAAAACAAUUGUAAAACAGUUAUUUUAUCAAGUAAAUGUGUCUUAUUUUAAGAAUGUUUAGAAUAUUUUACUGGAACAAAAAAACAAAAACAAUUAAGAAAAUAUUAACUGCAGGGAGGGCAUUUAAACAUGAGUUUACAUUCUACAAAUUGCUCAGAAUAACAAGGCAUCAGGGAGCAAAUAUUUACACGUGUGUGAAAUAAUUUAAACACUGAUACAGCCAUCUGCAGGGGUUCUUGAUGAAGGAUUAUAAAUGCAUUGCACAAAAAUGUUUAAACACUGUUUAAAUGGGGACAUCUUAAAGGAUAAGUUCACCCAAAAAUGAAAAUUCAGUCAUUGUUUACUCACCCCUGUGUUGUUAU